CAAAUGACGUCAGCGGCGAGAGCAGCAGCAGCGAAGUGCUGCCCCGGGGAUUUCUUAAAGCUGCUGCUUUUCGAUUCCUCAUUGGUCCAGCGCACAUGAACUGAAGACACCGUGGGCCACAUACAGUACACAUCAGCACUUGGUUUCCUGCCAGCCUGCGGUUCACACUGUUCAAUAGCCCCGUUUGAAUGUAUAGUAUUGCCAAUAAUUGAUGAAACCAUGAAGCUUCUUGUUGCCGCCGUGCUGGUGAUGUGUAUGUAUGAGGUUGCUGGCAGAGGCAAUCACAGGGAUAGGAAGAGGAAAGAAAGCGAUCACUUUCCAUAUGCAACAUCAGGAACGAUUGAGAUGAAAUCUCCCGACCUGAAUAACGAGGAGGCUCAUUCUAACCACAUGCCCGACCAUCUCAAGUGUGAUGCUUGUAGAGCUAUUGCUUAUCAGAUUCAGGAAUACCUUUCGAAAAAAGAAUCUAAAAUCUCUGCGGUGAAAGAGGGGAAAGCACAAUUGAGCGAAUCUGAUUACAUUGAGACACUGGAUCUUUGUUGCAGUCAGAGCUGGGAAAUCUACGGAGUAAUGGAAGUGAAUGGUGUUAAGCGAUUGUCAGGCCCAGGACUAGAGACUGAGGAACAUCCGGGUGUGAUGAUGACGAGUGGACCCUGGCCAGCAAGGUUGUACAAAAUGUGCCAGGCAUAUCUGGAGUUGACAGAAGAAGAAAUUUACCAGGAGUUCCGGAAUAAUCGGGAUUACUUGGAAGAUUUCCUUUGUUAUGAUAAAAAUGGAACUUGCACUAAACUGGGGAAUACUAUCUGGAUCCCUCAGAAAGAGGAGUUUUAGUUCAAUGCACUAAAUCACCAGUAAAUUAAACAUCUUCAUCUCAUUAUCAGUUAACAUUUCGAGAUUUAGUUCCGCUUUUAGCACCUUGAGGUAUGAAAGUGACACCCUGUGACAUGGAGACAGUUACACUGAAAGCCUCACACAGAAUGCAAAUGUCACAGUCAGCAAAUUUGUGAGUAAUCAAAGGAGAAUAAUCCCUUCAAAGCAGAAAUAAUAAUAAUUUGGUCACUCAAUCCAUGACUAUUUGUGGGACACUGCUGGGAGUAAUUGGCUGUCGCGUUUCGCCUACAAUAUACCCUUUACAGCAUAUUCUGUGAAGCGAACAUACUUUACAGUAUAUUCUUUUGAGACGUCUUGAAGACGUAAUGAGGCGCUAUAAUGCUAGGAUUGUUAAUAUUAUUAUCUGUUCAAAAACAUGGUACAAAAUAAACUGAUUAGUGAACACCAGAAGCUUUUAACCGUUAUAGAGACUCACUGGGGUGAAAAAUGUAGUGUAUUUUGAGCAGUUGAACCCUAACAUCAACAAAUAUUUUGUGUGCAGGUGCAAGGCAAAGAUUUGCCUAGAGAUAUACAGUCACUACACUUGAUAGCAGUUUCCUGCAGAUUGCUUUGAGACGUUUUCACAUUCUAGGGUGUAAUACCAAAUGCAAGAAGUAAUAUUAUAAAAGGUUUAGUUUAUCUGGUGGAAUCCUGAGAUUAAGAUUAAAUGAUGCCUACAGUUUUGACUGCAAGUUAACUUUUAUUAUUAUUAUAAACGCAUGUGAGACAUGUUUUUCAAAAUUAAAUU